UGCCCCUGCCAACCAUGGCGACAGGGGCAAAUAAUUCCUCUCGUGUGGACUCUGAGUUCCGAUAUAUCCUCUUCCCGAUUGUUUACAGCAUCAUCUUUGUGCUGGGCAUCAUCGCCAACAGCUAUGUGCUAUGGGUCUUUUCCUGCCUAUACCCUUCCAAGAAACUCAACGAGAUAAAGAUCUUCAUGGUGAACCUCACCGUGGCUGACCUGCUCUUCUUGGUCACUCUGCCCCUGUGGAUCGUCUACUACCACAACCAGGGCAACUGGAUUCUCCCCGAAUUCCUGUGCAACCUGGCUGGCUGCUUCUUCUUCAUCAACACCUACUGCUCAGUGGCCUUCCUGGCUGUCAUCACUUACAACCGUUUCCAGGCAGUGACCCAGCCCAUCAAGACAGCUCAGGACACCACCCGCAAGCGUGGUUUCUCCGUGUCCCUGAUCAUCUGGGUGGCCAUUGUGGCUGCGGCAUCCUACUUCUUCAUCCUGGACUCCACCAACGUGGUGCCCAACAAGACCGGCUCAGGCAACAUCACACGUUGCUUUGAGCAUUACGAGAAGGGCAGCGUGCCUGUCCUCAUCAUCCACGUCUUCCUUGUGUUCGGCUUCUUCCUUGUAUUUCUCAUCAUCUUCUUCUGCAACCUGAUCAUCAUCCGCAGGCUGCUCAUGCAGCCGGUGCAGCUGCAGCACAACGCAGAAGUCAAGCGCCGCGCGCUGUGGAUGGUCUGCACGGUCUUGGCUGUGUUCAUCAUAUGCUUUGUACCCCACCACAUCGUGCAGCUGCCCUGGACCCUGGCUGAGCUGGGCUUCCAGAACAGCAGCUUCCACCAGGCCAUCAACGACACCCAUCAGGUCACUCUCUGCCUUCUUAGCACCAAUUGUGUUUUAGACCCCAUCAUCUACUGUUUCCUCACCAAGAAGUUUCGCAAGCACCUCACUGAGAAGUUCUAUAGCAUGCGCAGCAGCCAGAAAUGCUCCCGGGCCACCUCGGAGACUGGCACUGAAGUGGUCAUGCCGCUCAACCACCUCCCUGUCCAUUCCCUCAAAAAGUAGUCCCUGAUUGUUGGGGCCAGGCCCAGAGGCUUCUCCUCCAUGGACAUCACAGACUGACCUGGGGGAUGAAGGGGUCUCUGCUGUGGUCUGGGCAUCUCUUCCCUGGGCACAAGUGGCUCUUUA